UCUGUUCUAAUUCUGUCGUGGCUAUUCUUCUCAUCAACCAAUCUUUUCUUCUACGUUUUCUCGUCAAAGAUCAUCUUUGACUUGGAAAAGUAUAUAUAUAGAGGAACAAAAAAUUGAGACGCCUUUUUAGAUCAACCCAGAAACACUUGGUGAUUGUCAAUUUACUAAUCAUGGCAAGGAAGAUGCUAAUUGACGGGGAGCUCGAAAAAUUUAAUCAAGUGGAAGUUCACUAUGAUUUUGAUUUGUUUGUGAUUGGGGCUGGAAGUGGGGGUGUUCGUGCAGCUCGAUUUUCAGCUCAAUUUGGAGCUAAGGUUGGAAUUUGCGAGCUUCCAUUUCAUCCAAUCAGCUCAGAAGUUAUUGGAGGAGUUGGUGGAACGUGCGUUAUUCGUGGCUGUGUUCCCAAGAAGAUUCUGGUUUAUGGAGCAUCUUUUGGGCCAGAACUUGAGGAUGCCAGAAACUAUGGGUGGGAAUUGAAUGAAAAAAUUGAUUUCAAUUGGAAAAAGCUUCUGCAUAAGAAGACAGAAGAAAUACUUAGAUUAAAUGGAGUCUACAAACGGUUACUUUCAAACGCAGGGGUUAAAUUAUAUGAAGGAGAGGGAAAAGUAGUUGGUCCUAAUGAAGUUGAGGUGACGCAACUGGAUGGAACUAAAAUAUGCUAUUCAGCAAAACACAUACUCAUUGCAACUGGAAGUAGGGCUCAACGUCCAUCUAUUCCGGGGCAGGAGUUUGGUAUAACCUCUGAUGAAGCCUUGAGCUUGGAGGACUUACCUAAGCAUGUUGUCAUUCUUGGAGCAGGGUACAUCGCUGUUGAGUUCGCUUCAAUAUGGCGUGGAAUGGGUUCUACUGUUGAUCUUUUUUUCAGAAAAGAACUUCCAUUAAGAGGUUUUGAUGAUGAAAUGAGAGCAGUGGUUGCAAGAAAUCUGGAAGGCAGAGGAAUUAAUUUGCAUCCUAGGACAAAUUUGACAGAGUUGGUUAAAAUGAAUGAGGGGAUAAAAGUUCGCACAGACCAUGGUGAAGAAAUAAGGGCUGAUGCUGUACUCUUUGCCACUGGUCGUGUUCCUAACACAAAGAGGUUGAAUUUGGAACCUGUUGGUGUUGAGCUUGACAAGACUGGAGCUGUAAAGGUAGAUGAGUACUCUCGCACAAACAUACCAAGCAUAUGGGCCAUUGGUGAUGUUACAAAUAGAAUGAAUCUUACUCCUGUGGCCUUAAUGGAAGGAACAUAUUUUGCGAAAACAGUUUUUGGUGGGCAGCCUAGCAAACCUGACUACGGCAAUAUACCUUGUGCUGUGUUCUGCAUACCACCCCUUUCUGUAGUCGGACUCAGUGAAGAACAGGCUAUGGAGCAAGCAAAGGGUGAUGUUUUGGUUUUCACGUCAACAUUCAAUCCUAUGAAGAACACCAUCUCAGGACGGCAAGAGAAGACGAUUAUGAAGCUUCUUGUUGAUGCUGAGACAGAUAAAGUUCUUGGGGCAUCCAUGUGUGGGCCAGAUGCGCCUGAGAUUAUGCAGGGCAUUGCUAUUGCACUCAAGUGUGGAGCAACUAAGGAACAAUUUGAUAUCACAGUGGGCAUACACCCUUCUGCUGCAGAGGAAUUUGUCACUAUGCGAUCAGUGACUAGGCAUCUUACUAAGCCGAAGACAAAUCUCUAAACAUGAAUAGCUUAUAGAAACAUAUAUUUGUGAAUUGUAAGCACUCUUAGACAAUUUGUUUCAUAAUAACUGGCCACACAGGAAAAAUGGAGACAAGUAUUGGACAACGUUGUCUGGUUGAGCUUUGGUCAAAUAAAUGAUUUUUUUGCACCUGUGAAUGGGCAGUGUGUUUUCUUCCUUGGAAUGCAGUUACUGUUAUUACUUU